UACACCAUGAAUGCAGGAGUCCCUUGGAUGAUCACUUUAAAAGGGCCAGUUCUCUGCUCACACCUCAGUCCGCUUCAUCUCUUACCAGAGCAACACACCUCUUCAUCAUCCAGCCAAACUCAUUUUAACACUUUUGACAGAAAUUCGUCGAUGGCAUCGAAGAUGAAAGACAGAAAGCGAACUCCCAUCUCUCACAAAGUCAUCGAGAAACGAAGACGGGACCGAAUUAACCGCUGCCUAAACGAACUAGGGAAAACAGUACCGAUGGCAAUGGCAAAACAGAGCUCUGGAAAACUGGAGAAAGCUGAGAUCUUAGAAAUGACAGUUCAGUAUCUACGAGCUCUGCACUCAGCGGAUUUUCCCAGAGGGAGAGAAAAAGGUGAACUUCUCGCUGAGUUUGCGAACUACUUCCACUACGGAUACCACGAGUGUAUGAAGAACCUGGUGCACUACCUGACCACAGAGGACAGAGCUGAAACCAAAGACAUCAAGUACGCACGGAUCCUCGCCUUCUUACAGUCCAAGUCCCGUGUGGUCACCGAGCCCGUGUUCGGCUCCGUCGGCUCGAUGCCAGAGCAGUCUGACUACCUCAGCCAGCUUCUCUCCUCCCCGGAGCACCAAAGCCACAGUCCGUCUGACUCCGUGUACCAGCAGAGUCCACCGGGACACUUCUCCUGGCACAGCUCGGCGCGCAGCCCGGCCAUCACGUACCCAACAGUGCCGCUCUCUGCGCACACGCAGCAGCACGGUGGAUACUUAUCACCGGUGCAGGGACUCGAUCACCACUAUUUUAACUUCAUCGGUCACACGCACGCAAACACGUUUAGUUUGCACAGUGCGCAACACGCGAUGUAAAUACGUCUGCUAUGUUUUGUUGUUAUUUU